AUGGAAACAACAUCAAGCACACCUACAAAAAAUUGUUUUUCCAAAGAGCUGUGUAAAAUGAGUAUAGGAGACAAGAGAAAGUGGUUGUUUGAUCAGGCUGCCAAACUGUUUGACACAUAUGUCUCUGAUGGUGUAUCAGACCUCAGUGAAGCAGGUAAUAUUGCUCCAGCAACAUCAUUUCCAUGUAGGUUUGUCUCAUGUUCCAGAGUUUUUAAGUAUGCCAAAUGCAGAAUCAACCAUGAAAAGACGAAGUAUCAUCUCACUCUGAAUGAAAGUGUAUCCAACCAGCAAACUCAGAACACAGAAAGAAUACCAGAAGGCAAGGAUGAUUGUAUAUACAAUUAUGGCUGCCUUAACAUUAUCCUUGGUCUUAUGCUCAGAGAUGCCAAGGAUUCGGUACGAGAGGGGGAUGGUGAACGUCUGCUGCGGGUGUGGAAAUAUCUUACAUUCAUCUUCAGGGUAACUGGAUGUUAUAAAUAUGCGCUUGCUGGACUGAGACUCAUUGCAUCUGUCAACAGCCUUUUAUCACCACGUCAGGCACACAGAUUGACCUGGAACAGGUUUGCUGGUGUAAAGAAUGGACCUGGUAAAAGGAUAUCGAGAGAUCUAAGGGUUGAGCAACUUAACAAAAUUGCCAAAGAAGAAAUACGAGCAUUAGGAUACCCAAACAUUAAUGAUGAGAGUGUAGUCAAAGCAACAAAAGUUACAGCAGCUGUAGAGAAAAUGAUUAAUGCAUCAAAAGAUGAGCUCAAACUGAAAGAAAAGUCUGGGCAGCACUGCAACCGUAAAUUGGGAAAAGACUUUGAGACCAUUCUUCACCAAGUCAAUAACAAGGCAAAGGUAUAGCUAGAUAUAAAAAAAUCAGAAAACCUAUAUUUUCACAUAAUACAUGCAACACAAAGUUACACACGUGUUAGGUUGUGCGUUUGUGGUUGUGCUAUUUGAAAAUUUUGCCUGAUUACCUCCACUAAUUCACUAAAUACAAAUGUAACUAAUAUUAAUGUAAGUCCAUUAAUGAACUCAGUUCAAUUACUAAGGGGCUGGUUAUAUGAUCCCGCUUACCCGAGAUUCAAUGAAGCAUGAUAUCAUUUUGAGGUAUUGAAACAAGUCUCAUUGAAUCAUGUAUAAGACCAAAUGAACAAAUCUUAGAAUAGAAAAUACUUCUAUAUUGGUCAAUGUAAAAAAGAGAUAUUCGUAAAUAUUUAACUUUUCAAUGACAUUUUGUCCAUGUAACAUUUGCACAAAACAUGAACUAAAGCCAUCGUGAUUUAAAUACGUUUCCCAAAUCAUGAACUAUCACUUAUUUCAAUACCUCAGAAUCAUUUCAUGCUUCAUUUAAUCCCGGGCAAGCGGGAUCAUAUAAACAGCCCCUUACUCUUGGGCAAACAUUGUAAAAUAGAAUUGUUUUAAUAUGUAAAAUAAUAUGUAAUUCAUAAUGGUAAUGUACUUGAUGAUGCUGUCAUUAAAGACAUUAGUGAUGAAUUGAAACAUGUGUUCACCAAAGAUUAUACUGUUAAUAAUUUCCCAGUUUUUAAUGAAAAAUUAGCUUAUCAGAUUUUAAGUGUUAUGCAGGACAUAUUUAUGGAUAUAAAUGACAUUGAUCUUACUUACCCUCAGCACACAGAAUUGGAUGAUAAUGACUUUUAUUUCAGUAAUGUUCCUGCACAAUGUUCAGAUAGUGAAAAUUCUGAAUGA